UUCAAACGAAAUAAAAAGCCUCCUCAACCAUGGGAGUUCCUGCAUUCUUCCGAUGGUUGAGCAAGAAGUAUCCUUCAAUCAUUGUGAAUUGCAUCGAACAGAAGGCGAAAGAAGUUGAUGGUCAGAAGAUACCAGUGGAUACCAGCCAGCCAAAUCCAAAUGACUAUGAAUUUGACAAUUUAUACCUUGACAUGAAUGGAAUCAUCCAUCCUUGUUGUCAUCCUGAAGACAAGCCUGCUCCUAAGAAUGAAGAUGAAAUGAUGGUUUUGAUUUUUGAGUUCAUAGACAGAAUCUUUGCUAUUGUGAGACCUAGAAAAGUUUUGUAUAUGGCAAUUGAUGGUGUGGCACCACGAGCAAAGAUGAACCAACAAAGGUCAAGGAGAUUCAGGGCCUCGAAGGAAACCAUUGAGAAGAAAGAGGAGAUGGCUGAAAUGCGAGCCCAGCUUGAAGCCAAAGGCUGCAGUUUACCUCCUCCUAAGCCUCCAGGGGAGCAUUUUGACAGUAACUGUAUUACACCGGGCACACCAUUCAUGUUCAAACUGGCUGAGUGUCUGAUCUACUACAUCUACGACAGACUGAACACAGAUCCUGGAUGGCAGAACAUUAAGGUUAUCUUGUCUGAUGCAAACAGUCCGGGGGAGGGGGAGCACAAAAUUAUGGACUUCAUUAGGAAACAGAGAGCACAACCAGACCAUGACCCGAACACCAAGCACUGCCUUUGUGGGGCUGAUGCUGAUUUAAUUAUGUUGGGUUUGGCUACACAUGAACCUCAUUUCACUAUCAUCAGAGAAGAAUUUAAACCCAAUCAGCCAAAACCGUGUGAACUCUGUGGACAAAUUGGUCAUGAAAUGAAAGAAUGUGCAGGUUUACCAAAAGAAAAAAAAGGAAAAGGAGAUGAGGUGAAGCCUUUUGUAGGAGAAGAACAACAGUACAUCUUUGUAAGGUUGAAUAUACUACGGGAAUACCUAGAGCGUGAACUUGUCAUGGAUACUCUCUCAUUUCCGUACGAUUUUGAGCGGGCAUUGGAUGACUGGGUCCUCAUGUGUUUCUUUGUUGGUAAUGACUUUUUGCCUCAUCUGCCGUCAUUAGAAAUCAGGGAAGGAGCUAUUGAUAGACUUCAACGCUUGUACAAAGAUUGUGUCAGAAAGACUGGGGGUUACCUAACAGAGAAUGGUGUGUUGAACCUCAGUCGGGUACAGUUGGUUCUGUCAGAUCUGGGUGAGGUAGAAGAUGAAAUUUUCAAAAGCAGAAGAAGCAAAGAGAUGUACUUCAGACAGCGUGACCGAGAAAAUAAGCUGAGAGCCAAAAGAAUGCAGGAAGGACCAAAAUGGAUUCCAGGUGGAGCGCUUACCCCUCAGCCUCUAGGACACUCCCACUCAUCAAGGGAUUCCAGAGGAUACAGCAGUCGAGAUGUCUCAAAUGCUGAUGCAGCACAGGCUCUCAAGGCCAUGAUGAGAAAUCCAGAAAAGGCUGGUGAUGAUAAGAAAAAGGAAGAGGAAGAGGAAGAUCCAGAGCCUCCAGAUGAUGUAAAGUUAUGGGAAGCUGGCUGGAAGGAUAGAUAUUACAGGAACAAGUUCAAUGUAGGCAGUGACGACAUAGCAUUCCGACAAAAUGUUGCAAACCAUUAUGUCCGAGGUCUAUGCUGGGUGCUGAGGUAUUAUUAUCAGGGUUGUCCCUCCUGGAAGUGGUAUUUCCCUUAUCACUAUGCACCAUUCGCAUCCGACUUCAUCAACAUUGGAGAAUUGUCAAAUUCAUUUGAAGCAAACACAGAACCAUUUAAACCUUUAGAACAGUUGAUGGGUGUAUUUCCCGCUGGUAGUAAAGAACACCUUCCAGUUACCUGGCAACGGCUGAUGACUGACCCUGAAUCACCAAUUAUUGACUUCUAUCCUGUUGACUUUAAGAUAGAUCUGAAUGGAAAGAAAUAUGCCUGGCAAGGUGUUGCCUUACUACCGUUUGUGGAUGAGAAAAGGCUCCUGUCUGCCUUAGCUACUGUGUAUCCUGACCUUACAAGUGGAGAGAGGAAGAGAAAUACCAAAGGGAGCGACAGGAUGUUUGUUGGUAUUCGACACCCUAUCUACACAUUCUUUGAGGGUCUAUAUGAGGGCACAAUGACUGUAGAGCCAGUAGAUAUGGAUCCCAAGUCAGCUCAAGGACUUGCAGGCAAAGUGUGGUGUGAUGAAUCUGCUGUUAUGACUGGAGGGACUGUUAUGUGCCCUGUGCCAACAUUACAUGACACUCCAGACAACAGAGCCAUUGGAGUGCACUAUUUAGACCCAGUGUAUGAACAAGGCUACAUCUACAAGGCUAAAAUUCUGCCCGGGGCAAAGAUGCCUCCUCGUGUUCUUAAGCCAGAAGACUUUAAUAAGAACAAGCCCUGGAAACCAUGGGUUCCCCAGAUUGGAAUGUCUCGAGGGGGAUCAUCAAACCGUGGAGCUAGGGAUAUAGACAGUGCCCUCAGGAUGAUCAGACAUGGUGUGGGUGGUGGAGGUGGACAGGACCAGAGAGGUUCUUGGAAUAGGGGAGACAACAGAUCACACGGAGGUCCACCAUCUCUUCUCUCAAUGGGUGGAAAUAUGGGGUAUGGAGGGAGAGGGCCACCAGGAGGAGGAGGAGGUGGCUAUAAUCAGGGAUUUGGUGGAGGGAGAGGUCAGCACUUUGACUCUCGCAAUAGAGGUUACAAUAACAAUAAUGUUGGCAACUGCAGUAACCAAGGAGGGAACCAUGGUAACUGGAGAGGUGGCUAUGGCAACCAAGGAGGCAACUAUGGAAACCAGAGAGGUGGCUAUGGAGGUGGACACGGCAACUAUGGUGACAACAGGAGGGAUAAUAACCGAGGUGGCUAUCCUCACCAUCAGCCAAGAUCUUAUAAGCAGCACCGAUCCCAUCCCUACUAGACCAACAUACUGGAUAGAUCAUCAUGUAACCAUCAUCCAGUGCAAUGUUGUCCAUCCUGAACAACCUUUCAAUUCAAAAAUGAUUCGAUCUAUCAUUAUACAUUGAACUCAGCACAGG